UUCCAAGGAGACGCGGGCGCACUGGCCCUCCCUUGCUUCCUCCUCUUCCCUCCUUCCUUUCCUAGUUUCUUCCCUUCCUUCUCCUUCCCUCCCUUCCCGCCCUACUCCUUUCCGCUGCUCUGGGGCCCACCCCCAGUGCCUCGAGGGCGAGGAGAGCUCCUCGGCCCUGCAGGACAGGGAGGAUUCUGUACAGAUGAGCAUAACCUGUGACUGCAAGGAGCCUGACAAGUGCUGCUGGAAACACAAGCAGUGCACUGGGCACAUCAUCUACCCCUUCGCCUCUGACUGUGUCUGCCACAGCCUGCACCUACGCUCUGUCGACCACUGCAACUGUAAUUCUAGCUUUGAAUUGGUGCUGCCAGCCCAGUCCCAGCUCUGCACACGUUGCUCUGAUCUAAGAGAAAUGGGGAGGUCUGUUGGCGGCCUGGGACAGGCCCAGCAGAAGCCCACUGUCCCUCAGGUUUCUGGCUCUGGGUCCCUGGGGGAGUGAUGGGAGCCGGGCUGAGAGUCCCAUGUAUGGCAGGCUGAAGGACUGCUCAGAGGACAGCAGCAGCUCCCGGGGUGCGGGCCCAACCUGCUCCCAUGUCAUCGAGUCCCCUUGCUUUGAGCUCACACCGGAGGAGCAGCAUGUGGAGCGAUUCUGGUAUGGCUGGUGCAAAAGCUACAGACCUGUCUCUGUGGCGGUGAUCCACCAUCCCCUCCACCAUGAGUGUGGGGCAGAUGAUCUAAAUGAAGAAGAGGAAGAGGAGGAGCAGGAAAGCAAGCCCCCCAUCCCAACGCAGGUGGGGCCUGCCGCCGCCUCCCCUGACCUAGGCACCAGCAUGGCCACUGGUACCCCUGACUCCGCAGCGCCCAUCACCAUCUGGCGCUCUGAGAGCCCCACAGGGAAGGGUCAGGGCAGCAAGGUGAUCAAGAAGGUAAAGAAGAAAAAGGAAAAAGAGAAAGACAAGGAGGAGGAUAUGGAUGAGAAGGCAAAGCUGAAAAAAAAAGCCAAGAAAGGCCAGGUGACUAAGAAGAAAAGCCCGGUUAAAUUGGAGCCUUCCCCGCCAGACGCGAGCCGAUCAUUAAGCCCAAGACAGCUGGCCAGGAUGUCCGAGUCCAGCCCAGAAAGCAGGGAAGAGCUGGAGAGCGAGGACAGUUACAAUGGCCGGGGGCAGGAGGAACUGUCCAGCGAGGAUAUUCUGGAAUCAUCAUCGCCCAGGAAGAGAGAGAACACAGUUCAGGCCAAAAAGACAGGGGCAAAGCCCUCACAAGCCAGGAAGGUAAACAACAGAAAAUCUCCAGGAUCAAACCCCAACCUCAGUUGAGGCCAGGGUGGUCAGGGUGCAGAAUAAAUGCCAUCGAGCCUGUG